AUGAAACCGUUUGCGUGUCGGCUCUACAUAUGUUACAUUUUGCAAGUUAUCCUUGCAACGGAUGCUCUACCGGAUCAACCCAGCAGCUCAGCAAACCGGACCGCGGUUCCUGACCCAGACCUGGACAGCUGGGAUGUGCCUUACGCAGGUGCGGUGUGCCAAGAUGACUGGACCCUCUAUGACCCCACCCAGACCUGUUUCCGGUUCUUCUCCUCGGCGUUCGUCCAGCAGAGUGCCAUGGACUACUGCAGCUCCACCCCGGGCAGAGGCAGUCUGGCUACGGUCUCCCUGCGCCAGCUCCGUUACCUGGCCAUCACCGCCCUCGUGGGCCAGGCCGGCAAGACAUGGUGGCUCGGGUACGAGAUGCGGCGCGUGGAUGAUCUGCUGACAAACUCCAGCGAUUGGAAGAUGGUGGACCUGUCCGGCAGCGAAGUUGACCUGAGCUGGAUCGGUUUGGAAGCCCCCAUGUUGGACGAGGGGAUGGAGGACAAGUUGUGCGUGGUCAUGACACUGCAGAGCGCCCCUGCAAAGUUAGAGACGGAUCCGUGGGAGCUCAGGCUCCAGUCCUGCACGGAACAAUCAGGAUUCCUGUGUUCAGAAGAUGCUGAACUGGUCUGCUUUGACCGCAAGGGCAACACGGUCAGGGAAGAUGAGCACUACAUCCCCCCAGGCCACGACGCCUGUACCCGCUGCCGCUGCGUGGAGGGCCGGCCGGGGAUGUGCAUGACCACCAUGUGCGCUAAGCCACACUGUGAGCUGUACCGUCCCGAUCCUGAGGAGUGCUGUCAGUACAUCUGCACAGACGGUGGGGACGGAGACGACAAAGGCUCGAACGUGUCGGACAACAUGCGCUGGGUUUUGACCAUGCUGACAUCUUUUAUUCUCCUGGGUAUGAUGCUGUUCAUGCUGUACCGCAUGAGGCAAAAGAGAAUGGCCUACCUGCGAUACCGAGCUCAGCAGAUGAGGGAAGGUACCAUGACAGACUUUGAGCCGGGGACGGGCCCCCCUCCUCCCCCUAAUCUUGAUGACAUCGAUGGAGCAGUCUACAGGGAACCACCACCCCCAUACUCGUUCGUUAAAGACGACCAACACAUUCCGACCGAACAGCCCCCGCCGUAUGUCUCCACGGUUACCUUAUCCAUGGACGUCAACCGUAACCGGGACAGACGAAAUGUCUUUCAACAAGAUAGCGAUGCGGUGGCCCUACUGGAUGGUUCUGUUAGCUCAGAGCCCAACACCCCUACACUUAUUACAGGUGUUCCACCUCUGCUGCCCAGCCCCCCUGCAUACCCAAGCAGCACUGAAAACAGCACCGCGUCAUCCCCGCAGACAGAUCAGAGCACCCCGGGGGGAGAAAGCGUGACUGCCGCAACACCCGCACAACCGACCAUUCUGACCUCGAUCAACACAACGGUUUGAACGUGUGUGUGUGUGUGAAAGGUUGGUGGUCCCUGUCAAAUUAACCAAUCCCCCUACUAGCCAUUUCUCUAACAUUUACGUGUAGAAAUUAAAGAUAUAUUCAAGUUUGCACACUGUUAAGGGUUAGCUCACCUGGGUCGACUCGGGUUAUCCCUGUGCCGUUCGAUUAGCUCUGACGUCAUUCUCAGGGCUCACCUAGGCCAGCCACCACAGACCCUGCUCUUGGAGCAGAGUCAGUGGUGGAGAUACGUCACACGCAUGCGCUGUUCAUUCUAUUUGAAGUCUAAACAUUAUUGACCUAUCGCCGUUUGCGAGUUAGCCACUCCCCUUAGACAACCCUAUGGAGUUUUUGCACACUAUGUUUUGUUUGUCUCAGAUUUUGCACGUUCCACGUCCAUUUGUAUAUUAUGCAAUUGGACAAUAUUUCACAAGCUGCGUUGACGCGAUUCUUUCUAACGCGAUUCUACCGCGAUAGGUCAAUUAGUUAUUUAUCUCAUUUCGACUUUGGAGGCUAUAAUUCCAGCCCGACAUUGUUACAGUUAACGAUUGACGGAAAAGCAGUAAAUCCUACAGUAAGACUCCGACCGAAAAGGACAUUUUGUCAAUUUCUACGGCUGCAGCUACGGACGUCGCGUGAGGAUCACGAUGGCCCGCGUUUGAGCGUUCAAUUAGCCUGGCUGUCGUGGCUACCCCAUCAACCUUUACCCGAGUCAACCCAGUUGAGCUAAUCAAACGCACCCUAAAAUUCAUUGUUACAGAGGACGUUUUUCUUAUCAGAGAACCACUUGAAAGUAAUGCAGAGCUUCAAUUU